AUGCCAGUAGAGGUCAGGGAAGCUAAGGCUGAGCAAUUCCUAAAGCUUAAGCAGAAUGGCAGGUCGGUUCAGGACUACUAUUUGGAAUUUGUCAGUCUGGCUAAGCAUGCUCCACAUAUGGUACCGGAUAUGAGGGCGAGAGUGAGAAGGUUUGUUGGAGGACUUGAUUCCCAUUUGUAUGAUGGGGCCAACAUUGCUGCACAGAAUGGGGGAAUGACCAUCUCCAAGAUGGUUGCUUUCAAAGAGAAAGACAAGGAGUUCAACAAGAGGGUCAAGUCUACCGGACAGUUCAGCGGGAACGGAAACAGGAAAUUCUUUAAGAACAGGUCAGCAGGACCUGCUCCGUCCACAGCAAGUGCUCCAGUUUUCAAGUUCAGGAAAGAUAACCGUCAGCAGAAUUUCAGGUCGCCAGGCUCCCAGUCUCAGGCCAGUGUGACUCAGAGUAACUUCACCAAUCCGAUUUGUGCUAAGUGUGGGAAGAGGCAUCCUGGGGAGUGCCGCUCUGGAUCGAAUAUUUGCUAUGGGUGUGGCCAGCCGGGCCAUGUUCAGCGAAAUUGCCCUUCAAUCAGACAGGGCACAGGAGGUAAUCGGACUCAGUCAAUAAAUUCGUCGGUUCCUCAUAAUAACCAAACUCAGGCAGGACGUGCACCAGCUAGAUCCGGCAACACAAGCGGUGGCCCAAACCGUUUGUAUGCUUUGACCGGGCGUCAGGAUAUCGAUGCUCGUACUGAUGUUGUCACAGGUAUACUCACCGUUUUCAGUUUCGAUGUUUAUGCUCUCAUGGACCCUGGAUCCACCCUAUCCUAUGUCACCCCUUAUGUUGCUAGGAAAUUUGGUAUUGAACCUGAAAAGCUAAAGGAACCUUUUGAAGUGUCAACUCCAGUUGGGAUUCAGCUUCCCAGACCCCAACUCUUCGAUCAGUCUGUUGUUAAUGAGUUUCCAGAAGUCUUUCCCGAGGAUCUUCCCGGAAUCCCUCCUGAUAGGGAAAUUGAUUUCGCAAUUGACCUACUCCCUGGUACGAAACCUAUAUCUAUUCCACCUUAUAGGAUGGCUCCAGCUGAAUUACGAGAGCUUAAGGCUCAACUCAAAGAUCUUCUAGACAAGGGUUUUAUCCGACCCAGUGUCUCUCCAUGGGGUGCCCCAGUCCUUUUUGUGCGCAAGAAAGAUGGUUCUUUGCUAGCCUUCUUAGGUCAUGUGAUUUAUGGUGAGGGUGUUCAGGUUGACUCUCAGAAGAUUGAGGCCGUUAAGAAUUGGCCCAGACCCACAUCAGUUUCAGAUAUCCGCAGUUUCUUGGGUCUAGCAGGCUAUUACAGACGUUUCGUAGAGGGGUUUUCGUCUAUUUCAGCACCAUUGACAAAGCUGAUGAAGAAGGAAGUUAAAUUUCAGUGGUCAGAUGCCUGUGAGCGCAGUUUCGAGGAAUUGAAAACGAGAUUGACUUCUGCGCCAGUUUUGACUCUACCAGAGGGAACCGAAGGAGAAAUUGUAAUAGGUGUUGUUUUCAGUUGUAAAGGGCUUCUUAAACUGGGUACAGUCUCUGAAAAAGUUGCCACAAUUAAUGAAGAAUUGUCGAGGGGGAAAGAUUAUGUCACGAACUAA